AUGCCCAACAACCACCCUUUCUUCCUUUUCCAACACCACUUACUACUUCCCAGUACAAACACUUCCCCAACAACACUCUUCCAACCAUCUUCUUCUACGGCUAUCCCCAACUUACUACCCACCACAGUAAUUCCGUUAUUAUUUAUGGCUGCGAUCAGGGCAUUUCUUCAUCUACAUCAGCGUGGUUGUAAACUAGAUUUGUCAUUAUACAAUUUUACUAUUUAUCCUCAAGAAAUGAAAAAUUAUGUGUUGGAUGAUGGCAUAAUCCAAAAUAUUCGAUUAUUAGAUGAUUCUUUUACCAAAAUCUGCGAUAUGGUAAAUGACAGAUCUGUAAAGGUCAGAAGUAAGAAUAUGCUCGACAAGUUGGGCUCUUUUUCCAAACAGGCAUGUACUAUAAUGGGAAGCUAUCAUCAAGUUAAUGAAUCGAUUCUUCUUGAAACGUUAAGUCAAGAGAUUAUUACUCAUGGAAAGUCUUGGAAGCCUAUUACCGGCCACAGUAAAAGCAAAAAACCUAGGUUUAUUCCAACUCCUGAAGGCGAUUUAGAAGCAGAAUUGCGUAUUUUGAAAUCUAGUGCUUGCGGCGCAUUUAUUCAUGGCUUAGAAGAUGCAUAUCAGGAUGUUCGUAAUGCAGCGAUUG